GGAAAAUGGAAAGGGGGUCCUAGUACCCCUGAGAGCAUGUAACAGAAUUCUACUAUGAAUGUUAUGGCUAGAUAAUAUAUUAGGAACGUAUUUUAAAGAUUAAGAGUUUCUUCGUUUAUCUAUUUUUAUGUACAAAACUGAAAUCCUAAUUAUUCAAUAGUAUAUAAGUACCUCUUAAUCAGACUUGAAUGUUCUUUCUAAUAAUUCUAAUACAAUGUACGAUUUCUAGACACUUUAUGUAUCGUUAUCCGUUAUUUACAAUCUAAUUUGAAUUAACAACUGUUUUACGCGUCAUUACAAAAUAUUUGUAAAAAAUUUUAUGAUAAGAAAAUGCAGUUUAUAAAGCAAGGUGUACGGUUGAUAUCGAGUCAGACGUUUAAUGCAAGUAUUUCAAAUUGUUUAUCUGGCACAUUAAAACCGUUAUAUACUAUUCCCACUCACAAUAUACAUGUAUCUGCUUGUGUACAAAAAAUCAAGUUUCUUGAUCACAAUAAGACCAUUUUUCCUCCACAAAAACUGGGUGAAGAGAGAAGACCCGGAUAUGUGUGCCAUGUAAAAGAAAACAUAAAAUACAGUCCAGUAAAAAUGUGGUAUAUUGCAUGUUUUGUAAGAGGUAUGACUGUAGAUGAAGCUGUGAAACAAUUGAGCUUUUUACACAAAAAAGGUGCAGCUAUUGUAAAAGAUGUUAUACUGGAAGCACAAAAACAAGCUGUAGAAAAACACAACAUUGAAUAUAAGAGUAGAAUGCGUCGACAUGCCAGAUCUCGUGUAGGGGAGGUACGUUACAAGUAUUGUCAUUACUUUGUACGUUUAGAAGAAGGAAAGCCACCCAAGGAUUACUAUUUAAGAGACCCUGGUACUGGCGAACAAAUGUUGCAAGAAUGGAUGGACAAAAUGAAUCGUCGCAAAGUAUUUGGUUCUCUGUAAUUUAAUACGUGUACAAAAAAAAUAUAACACUCAUUAUUAAUAUGCA